AUGGGAGAAGAAUUCCAAGAAUCCGAGGUCAUUUUCCCGGAAAAUACUGCAGCCAACCACGAUGACUACCACUUCCCAGCUCAUUCAAAUUCACCCAAUAAACCCAAUACCAAGAAGAAGAAGAAUAGUUCACUUCCGGUCAAUAUCAGGCAAAAUGUUCCCGGAGAUUCGCGUUUUCAGUGCGUGGAAUCCGAUUCCUUCGACAACGACGGAGAGAUGGUGCCCCCUCACGUGAUCGUCGGCCGCCGAAUUGCCGGUAAAAUGGAGUUCUCAGUUUGCACUGGGAAUGGGAGGACUCUCAAAGGACGAGACUUGAGCCAAGUCAGAAAUUCAAUUCUAAGGAUGACUGGUUUUCUUGAAACGUGA